AUGCUGGCCGAGGGGCCCCCAGCCGCGGGGCCCGUGUACCUGGGCCCCCCGUGCGGCUCCGAGGGCCCCGACGCCGCAGCAGCAGCAGCAGCAGCAGCAGCAGCAGCAGCAGCAGCAGCAGCAGAAGGCGCUCCAGCCCGCAGAGCAGCAGCAGACUGCGAGCAGCAAGAAGUUGAGUCUCCUUCUUUGUCUCCUCGGAAGUACCGGCGGAGUUCCCGGAGAAAGGCCCCCCCCAGCAGAAAGCGGAUAAAGCAGGAGCUGCAGGACCCUGCUGCUGCUGCUGCUGCUGCUGCUGCUGCUGCAGCAGCGACAACUGCAGCAGCAGCGGCUUCUGCUGCUGCUGCUGCGCCCGCAGACAUCGGCGGCGCGCUGCAGCAGCCCGCCGGCAGCAGCCCCACUCUGUACAGCGCCUUCGAGCUGCAGCAGCAGCCGCUGCUGCCCGGCGCUGCAGCGGGAGCAGCAGCAGCAGGAACUGCAGCAGCAGCAGCAGGGGGGCCCCUCUCCAGCCCGGGGCCCUCGGAGGCCUCCUCGCUGCAGCAAACACUGGAGCCGCGGCUGAUAGCUUUUGCUGAACCUGUGGGGCCCCCCGGGGGGCCCCCGGGGGCCCCCGGGGCCCCCGGGGCCCCCGAGGCCCCAGGGCCCCCCUAUGCAGCGCAGCAGCAGCAGCAGCAGCAGCAGCAGCAGCAGCAGCAGAGCGCAUGCAUUGCGAGGCCCCAAUGGACUGCUGUGGGCCAGAGAGGCGGCGAGGCCGAAGCAGCAGCUUUCAGCCCUUUGGCGGGGGGCCCCCCGGGGGGCCCCCCGGGGGGCCCCCCGGGGGCCCCCGGGGGCCCCCCGGGGGGGCCCCCCACCGAAGCCGAAGUGAGGGCUGUCAUUUCUUUCUUAAUGAGGAGGCCCUUGGGAAACAUGAAGUUGUCUCCUUGUUUAAUGUUGGAGGUGGAGCGGGCCUGGUGGCUGUCGAAGCAGCAGCAGCAGCAGCAGCAGCAGCAGCAGCAGCAGCAGCAGCAGCAGCGGCCCGACGCGGACCGCCUGCAGCAGCAGCAGCAACACUUGAAGCCCAACGGCCUCGCAGCAGCAGCAGCAGAACAAACAGACAGAAGCGUCAAGGAGGAAGCAGCAGCUGCAGCGCAGCAACGGGGGCCCCCAAUUGAAGCAGCAGAAGCCCCCCCGCCAGCAGCAGCAGCAGCAGCAGCAGCUGCUGCUGCUGCAACUGCAGCACCAGCUGCUGUUGCUGCAGCAGCGCCUCGCGCUGCUCCGUGUCCGCCCAUGAGCUUCCGAGCAGCAGACCCGUACGGCGGGGAAACAGACCCUCCUCCAGCAGCAGCAGCAGCAGCAGCAGCUGCUGCUGCUGCUGCUGCUGCUCCCACUUAUGCUGUUGCUGCUUCCUCGCGCUCUACGGCGCCGCUGUGCCCCAGCAGCAGCAGCGACUGCGGCUUGCCCUUCCCAAGGCUGCAGCAGCUGCAGCAGCAAGAACUGGAGCAGCAGCGAAUGCAGCAGCAGCAGCUGCAGCAGCAACAGCUGCAGCAGCAACAACUGCAGCAGCAACAGCUGCAACAACAACAGCUGCAGCAGCAGCAGCUGCAGCAGCAACAGCUGCAGCAGCAGCAGCUUCAGCGCCAACAAUUGCAGUCGCAGCAGCUGCAGCAGCAACAGCUGCAGCAGCAGCAGCAACAGCUGCAGCAGCAGCAGCGGCAGCUGCAGCAGGCUCCACUACAGCAGCCGCGGGCACCGCAGGUACAGCCGCAGGUGCAGCAACCACAGCUGCAGCAGCAGCAGCUGCAGCCGCAGCCGCUGCAGCAGCAGCAACUUCAGCAGCUGCAGCAGCCGCAGCUGCAGCCGCAGCUGCAGCAGCAGCGUUCCCCGCUGCAGCAGCCCCCGCUGCAGCAGCCCCCGCUGCAGCAGCCGCCGCUUCCGCAGCCGCAGCUGCAGCAGCAGCACUUGCAGCAGCAGCACCUGCAGCAGCAGCAGCUGCAGCAGCUGCAGCAGCCGCCGCAGCUGGCACAGGCGCCGCAGCUUCCGCAGCAGCAACUGCAGCAGCAGCAGCAGCAGCUCCGGCAGCAGCCGCCGGUGCAGCGCCAGCCGCAGCUGCACGAGCUGCAGCAGCUGCAGCAGCAGCAGCAGCUGCAGCAGCAGCAGCAGCAGGACUGCUUAGGGGUCUCGAGUUUGCCUUUCGCGCAGCCCCCAGUGCUGCUUCCAAACCCUUCUAAAUUAGCAGCAGCAGCAGCAGCAGGGGGGCCCCCAGACCCUUCUGGGGGCCCCACACUUUUGCCUUUAAACCCUCCGGAGUCCCCCGGAGGGGCCCCCCAGGGGCCCCCCGGGGGCCCCCCUCCCCUCAAUUGGCUGGAGAGUUAA